AGAGAGAGAGAGAGAGAGAGAGAGAGAGAGAGAGAGAGAGAGAGAGAGUAGCGUUGUCCCUCCCCUCGGUGCAGAAUCUCUUCCCUCCAUUGUUGACGUCAUGGUGGAUAGCGAGAGGUUGAAGAGGAUGAAAGACCUGGGGGGCGAGGACGAGUACAAGCACACCGGACACAGGAUGCUCUGCAGGACGGUCACCGACGGAAGUAAACGCAUCAGAGAAACACGUGGACGCCAACACGGAGCCUAAGUACUUUUUCCCGCCCUCGGCGUCGAGCUCGAGCGGUGUGAGCCCAGCCACGCGCCAUAGCCUCGCGGAACCCGGCGGGGGAGCGCGUGACGAGAGGAGCGAGAGCGAGGCGUCGGUCUGACGAGGUCUCUCUGUACAGAUCGGGGGAUCCAGGUUGUUGUUCCCGCGUGUUGUCCGUCGCCAUGGGCUGCAUAAGCUCCCGCUCGCCCAUCGGUGAAUGUUGAUGACACCAUUGAAAUGUUACCUAAAUCAAGAAGAGCUCUUACUAUUCAAGAGAUUGCAGCAUUAGCACGGUCCUCACUACAUGGUAUCUCCCAGGUGGUGAAGGACCAUGUGACCAAGCCCACAGCCAUGGCCCAGGGUCGGCUGGCCCACCUGAUAGAGUGGAAGGGCUGGUGUAAGCCCAUGGAGACCCCGGCCGCCCUGGAGUCGGACUUCAACUCCUACUCAGACCUCAGCGAGGGCGAACAGGAGGCGCGCUUUGCUGCAGGCGUGGCAGAGCAGUUUGCCAUAGCGGAGGCUAAGCUCAGGGCCUGGUCCUCUGUGGACGGAGACGACUCCACUGAUGACUCAUACGAUGAAGACUUUCUGCCUGCCAACGAGCCCGCCACACAGAGCACAGAGGUCUCGUCGCCGUUCCCUCCUUACCUGAAGGACCUGAUUCACAGCCAGAUGUGCCAGAACCUGAGCCUCAGGGGUCUCUGCUCUGAGGGGCCCGGUGGCGGGGGCGGGGCAGAACCCUCCCCCACCUCCGACUCCCCGGACACGCUGUGCUCCAGCCUGUGCAGCCUGGACGAGCUACACCCAUUGCUACGUGACCUAGGCACCUCCGGCAAACCCCAUCGCCAUCCCCACGGCAACGCCACCGAACUGGCCGCCAAGAUCCUGUCUGUGCUGCAGGGGGGCGAGGAGCUGCUGCUGGCCCGCCUGCAGCGUGCUGCCGCCGGCCCUCCCUCGCCCGCCGGGGGCAGCGGUGGGGGGCAGGACUCCCCCUGCUACUCGGCCUCAUACUCUGAGACCUACCUGUCGCCGGGAGAGGAGGAGGAGGGUGACGAUGGGCCCUGCAAGGGCUACAAGACAACCGUGUGCCAGGUGGGGGAGGAGCACCAACCCUGCCGGAGGGUGUCGGACGUGGCCUCCUCUGGGGUGGUCUCCCUGGACGAGGAAGAAGAGGAGGGCCAGGAGAGGCAGGCCAACAGCCAGUGACUCCUGGUGUCAGCUGGGAGCGACAGCUGGCCCUCACCGCUCCUCCCACUCAUCUCUGUUCUUUGGUUUUCCGUGACUCGCUCCACUUCCCCCAUGAAUCUUGAAAACGGUCCAUAUUGCCUUAUUUGUACAACAAUUUAAAAUCUCAUCUUUCCAAUUCUCCUGAGUUGUUCGACCCAUAACUCACUGACCCUCCUCCCCUCCAGAGCUCAAAUUCUGUCCUUUGAUCUUCUAUCCAAAAGCUUUUUGUUUUGAGGCGUCCAAACAAUCUUUUCUAUGUGUGAUAAAGAGCAGUGGCCUGGCUAUGAAGGCCUUCAGUGAACCUGUGCACUGGACCCUGCUGAUUGGCUGGCUGUUCGGGUGUACCCAGGGCUGCUGAUUGGUUGGUAAGGAUUGUACCUGGGGAGGAGAAAUGCACUCUGGAAAGUACUUUUUUGGAUUACAAGUGGACCAAGUCCAAACACUUGAAUUUUGCAUGUGUCUUUUGCAAGUGCUAUAACCAAUGGGCUUAGCCAGAGCACAGUUUGUAACCUUCUAGGCUGUUCUGUGUGACCUUCUCAGCCCUGCUCGUGGAUGAAGCCUGUCCAACGGGCGGGCAGGUCCACACCGCAUCCUGGGACCUGCCUGCCUUCCCUUUGACCCCCUUUCUUUCUUUUAUUGCCAGAGACCGAUAGCAUCCUUAAAUGGGCAUGGCUUGCUGCGUAUGCCAAACUAUUAUAUUAUCCCAGUCACAACCAUUUAUGAGCAAAUGCUGGAAUGUUUUCAUAAGUGACGGGACAUUAGUAUGUAUGUCUGUAUUUCAACAAAAUUUAAACUAUGGGGGGAGAAAGACGACAAGGCUGUGUGACAAAUGACUUGAGCCGAGAUGAUUCGCUUUUAUUGUGCUAGGUUCAAGUCAUCCUGUGGUGGUGGUGGGGUUACCCAGGAGCGAUGGGACCACCAGGUUCACUAACAUGGGGGUGAACUCUGUGUUGAAGACAUUCAAAUGGAAGCUAAACACACAACAGCUGUGACCCCAUAACCAAGCAAACUGAAACAUCGCUGAGAGGAGGUUCCUGACCCUUUGGUGGAUGGACAGGAAGAGAAAGAAACGCUUGAUGGCCCAGAGGUCCCCAGCCCCAGAGCAGAGGCCGGUGGUCGCAUCGGAGGUUUUCUAUAUUUUUGUAUGCGUUGUCUUGCUUUGAUCUCUUUGCCUAAUGCGAUGUGCCAGUGUAUGUGUUUUUUGCACGAAGCUAGCGUGGUGGCUGUAGUCUUCUCCUCUUUCUUCGUUAUCACUGUGUGAUAUAGUCUACUGGGAAAAAAGAAAACAAACAAAAACUAAAUGUGAAAAAGAUUUUUUUUCAAAAGCAGAUACUGUGAUUUGGUUGGUUAUUGUCAUUGUCAUCCCGCCCUCCUCCAUCCUACUGAGAGUGUCUGGUUUCAACUCUGAUUACCACUUCCUGUCAUACUGAGUACUGAUGAGCUUUGCCUUUUAUUUGAUACUCCCUCUUUUCUAAGACAAGGUUCCUAGGUUUCUAGACGUCUAGGUGUUCCUUAGUGUAUCUUCUUGGAGGAGGCGGCGGGCGUUAAAGGGCAUACUUGAUACAGUACAUUCACGCCUCCAUACUGCGCUGCCAGGAGUCCCGCCCACGAGUCCACUCCCACAUCCCCUAGAGGGACUGUCAUUCAUGCAACUCAGGAAAUCCCAUUGGAGGGUCUCCCGUCCCCCCGUCGUGACUGCAUACUUUCUGUUGGGUAAACGCUGCGAUGUCCAUUAGCUGGAAGAGAAGGCAAGUGUGCAUUUAAAAAAAAGAAUCACAUUGUGUCUUCAUUUCCUGCGUUGACCCCGUUUUGUUUGUUUGGCAAAAAAAAGCCUCAAUCUUUUGUGUGAGUGUGACUGUGUGUGCGUGCACAACUGAUUCUGGUUGUUUUUUGUAAGUGCACGCGUCCUGUGCGUUUCCUACGAUGUCAGCAGGCUGGUUAAGCAUGCGAUGUCCGCUCCUAACCCCUGUCGCAGCAGUUCCCUUUAAACUGUAUGGGGUGGAUAGAGAUCUCAUUGAGCUUUAAGCAGUGCCGUUAAGCAGUAAUUAGAAAUGGAAAUAAGGGAAAAUAAGAAUGGCUAACCAUCUGACCUAAGCCACAGAGGAUGAAGAGGGUUUCUCCCCCCCCCCCCUUUUUUUGUAGCAAAUAAAAGUUGAGCAGCUCAAGUGUUUACAUUAAGGUCAGCACCUAGCAGGGUCUACAUCAGGAAGAGACGAGCAGUGGAGAGAGUGGGUCGUAAACUCAGGGGGUAACCAUAACGCUGUGCCUUCCAUUCCUUCUGCCCUUGCAUCGUGCAGUUCUCUCCCUCACACAUCCACCCGUCACCCCACCCAUGUUUCCAGAGCACGGCAGUCACAUCAGAACAUGGGAGAAAUCCUCGCAGCCAUCUGCAGUCCAGGGUCGUAGCUGGUCAUAGCGCCAAACACAAAGAGAAACAGAGAAAGAGAGAGAAAGAGAGAGACGGAGAGAAACGGAGAGAGAUACACGGACAGAGACGGAGAGAGACAGAGAAACAGAUACACUGACAGACGGCGAGAGAGAGAGAGAGACAGAAACAGAGAGAGACGGCGAGAAAGUGAGACAGAGAAACAUAGAGAGAUAGAGAGAGAAAGAGACAGAGAGAGAUAGACGAACAGAGACAGAGAAUCAGAGAGACAGAAACAGAGAGAGAGAAACAGACAGAACCAGAGAGAGAGACAGAAACAGGGACACAGAAACAGAGAGAGAGCCCACAUUGGCACCUGAGCCCUGGGUGCUGCAGUAUCCCAUGAUGUCCUUUUCAUUUUGGGGUAUGAUCUGCGUCACUGUCCUUUGAGUGGACAGUAAAUGGCGGGCCGUGCGUGGGGAAUGGAGGAUGAGGUCACACGCCCCCUUGCUUCACCUGACUCGCUGCUUUGUGUUGGUCGGCCCGCUCCAUCUGGUGCUUUUACCCAUCUCUCUCUCCCUCUCUCCCCCCCCUCUCUCUC